AUGGACUUUAUUUUGAGACCAGUUACGACGAGGACUACGUCUGGUAGUACGAAAAAUGGUAAUACUGAUUGUAGUGAUGAAAAUAAGAUUAUAUCACUUAAACCAGUACCAAAAUUUGUAAUUAAAUCCAAGAUUCUUUCAUCAUCCAUUGAUCCAGUUUCAAAACCUUUUGCUGUUUCAAACAAUAAAAACAAGUUUAUACCGAAUAAGAAAAUUUUCAUUAAUGUUUGUUAUAAUGAUGCAAUUCCCAAACCAUCUAUUGAUUUUUCACCGAAUAUUGUUUAUCCAUUAAUCAUGAGUGAUAAAUGGGAAAUCCCCAUUCUAACAUCAUCAUGUAGAUUGGAUUGUGAUAAGAAGAAGGAUACGUGCUACGUUUGGGAUUGUAUAAUUAAUACUGAAUGUCUGAAAUGGUGUUUGGAUGAUUUACAAUUACGAGAAAUUUUAAUUGAAUGGUGUUUGGAAUCAGUUGAAAUAAGUGAUAAUUUAAGUAUUAAUAGAGAUACAAUUAGUUUACCCAAAUUGAAAUUCAAGAAAAAUAACCUUAACGUAAAAACAAACGAAGGUGAUGAUGAUGACGGGAUACCAGUGAUGGAAGUUCCUUGGAAAGAAUUAAAUAAAGAUUUUGAAAAAGAGAUUGAAAAAAUAAUUGAAGAUGAUAAAAUCGAUAACCCACUUAAAGUUUUGAAAUUACAAAGAUUUCAUGAUAUAGAUGAUGCUGAUCAUCUUAACGUCAAUGAUCAGGAUGAAAAUGGUUUACCGCCAUUAUUUCCUAAUAAAAUGAAUGAAUCAAUAGGACAAGAUACGAAAACGAAGCCAUUGAUUGAAGAAGUUGAAAUAUCUAAAUUGAAAAUUGAUAAUGACGUUAGUAGGAGUAAUAAGAGCGAUGAAAUCAGGUUAUCCAAGGAUAUAAAAGAAAAGGUAAAGCCAGAUUUUGAAGUAACUAUGAGAAGGACAAAAGACACAACCAAAUAUAAACUUCGAAUAGAAAUCAAAAGUGAACUUAAAUCCAGUUUAGAUAUUAAAAUUGAAUAUUUUAAAGAUGAUAAUGAGUUAAUUGUUGAGAAUUUAGAUUUAGUUGAGUUUAAAGAAGAAAAAAUCAAAAUUCCAUUACCCAAUAUAUUUGAUAUCAAAAAUGUAAUGGAAUGCAAAUGUUUUUUUAUUAAAAGAGAUAGACUACUGGUUAUAUAUAUCUAA